AGUUUCCACUUUCUUCCCCCUUUCUCAUUUAUCAGUCAGCUGAGAGUGAUGCUUCAUUUAUUUAUUAAAUUGGUUUCUCGUAUUAGAAUGUACAUAAUCGUCUUCCAAUAAUAUAAAUAGAUGUGAUAUCUAAAACUACAUAUUUAAAAUAAAAUAUAAUUAAACUAUAUAUUCAAAAGAUACAAAUUUUUCAUGGAAUAUGCCAAAUUUAACCAAUUUAACCUUUCCAUUUAACCUGAGUUAAAAAUACACAAAUUGUUUUUAACUGCACCAUGGAAGACGCCAGGUAUCGAGAUGCCGCAAUUUUUGCGGUCGUUUCAGACAUGGUAAUGACAAGCGUUAACCUACUAAAAUGGGGAGAAAUAGGAUUUCAGAUUAUUGGAUUUUACAUGGGAAUGCACAAAGUAGCAAGUCCGAUUCAUACUAUUCCACUGGUUUUUGCCGCAUUCAUACUUCAUUUUGGGGCAGUGUGGACCGCUUACAAAAUGACGAAGGCUUGUCGGCUGGAAACUCAACUAGAUGAAGGGAUACGAAGGGGGAAAAAUUGGAGAAAUUUGGCCAUUGUGCUAAUUCUGUUCAACAUUCUUGGCGCACCUACUCUCGGACUGAAAGGCUACACCGGAGGGAUGACGGUCAUCUUCAAUACGCUCCGGCUAAUCGGGAUUUUUGUGGUUCACACAUUUGUCGGAGAAUUGACGGCAAUAUUGGCUGAGGCUGAAGCAAUGGAAACAACUCAGAUUGUUACGAGUCGCUGAAAGUUCUGCUGGUAAAGGGCAAAAGAUAUUUUAUUUCA